CUCACGUAGUGAGAAUGCUCGACUCAGUAAAGAUUCUGCUGCUGAUCUGCAUUUUGGCAGGCGUUUGCAGCCAGCUCACCGUCGGCUCACACUCGCACGAAGCGGAAGUCCACGACGAAUGUUGGAGAAAAUGUUAUCGCACUAUGUUUUUUGCCGGAAUUUGCAUGCGUAUUUGUACUAUUGUAAGCCGCUAGAUCACACGAUAUCCGGAAUUGAUGUUUUUUUUUGCUAUUCUAUGCUUGCACAAGAGUGUUGAAAAAGUUCAAACAAGCUCGUU